GGAGGAUUCUCUCUUUCACUGGAGGCAAGAGGGAAAUGCUAUCAGGAGAAUGCACAAGAGGGGAUUGAGACGAAGGAUGAGGAGGAGGAGAGUGAGGAGAGAGGGGAAGAGAGGAGUGAGGAAAAAUAUCUGAAAGAGGAGCUGUACUGUCUGGACCACAAGCCGUGUCGACACGGAGGUCAGUGUCACCAGGAUAGCGCUCACAACUACACGUGCGUCUGUCCCGACGGCUACACGGGCACACACUGUGAGAUACCGGUGUGCCAUAAACAUUUCUGCCUCCACGGGGGACAAUGCCGGACCGCUGAAGGUACACGCUACUGCCUAUGUCCCGCCCCCUACAGUGGGCCACGCUGCCAGCAUUGGUCAGACUCCUCCCUCAUCGACUCCAUAGCCCCACCCCCUUCCUCCCCGGCUUUAUGCCAAGGUCAGAACUGUGUCGGCGGGCUGUCACCGAGUGACCCCUGCUACGGUCACGUGUGCUACAACAACGGGACUUGCCUCGUUCCCGAGGGCCACGCCACGCCCACUUGCUGGUGUCCGUUUCCGUUCAAGGGAGAUCACUGUCUGCAAGUGGAAAACCCGUGCGCGAAGAGCCCGUGCCAGAACAAUGGCGUGUGCUCGUUAGACAAGGAAGGAGGGAAAUUCAAAUGUGUGUGUAGCCACGGGUUCUCGGGAGAGUUUUGCCAGGAGUCUACAGCAGACGAUGGAUUAUGCGACGACAUCCUGGCGUGUCAAAAUGACGGCCGCUGCGCUCGCUCGGAGAGAGGACAGUACUACUGCCGAUGCCCCGCCAGUUUCAGCGGCGAGUUUUGUGAGAUGAAAGUCGAGACAGACGACCCGUGUUCGCAACUAGCGUGUUUGAACGACGGCCAGUGUGUUAUAGGUCGACACGGACAGGCGCGGUGUGCAUGCAUGACGGGGUUCUCCGGGAUUCUGUGUCAGAGAGUAGAGGGCGUCUGCGCCGGAAGGCCGUGCCAACAUGGCGGAACGUGCGUGGAGUACGACGGGCAGGUGUUCUGCGCAUGUCGUCGCGGGUACGACGGGAAGGUUUGCGAGAAGCGGCGCAAGAGGAGAAAGACGAGAACAAAGACGAAGACGAAAAACAAGACGAAGACGGAGACAAAGACGAAGACGGAGACAAAGACAAAGACGGAGACGACGGCGAAAGCGACGAGGACGAAGACGACGCUGCGUGUGACGGCGAGGACGAUAAACGUGACAGAGAGGGACGUGGCUAUCACUGUGUGCGCUCAGUGGUGGCUCCUCUGUGGACUGUUUCUCACUACACUCUGUCUCACCGCAUAGACGCUGCGGGGAUGUUCAAGCACAAAAUGUUAUUUAAAACGACGACAGUAAAAUGAUGACGAUGAGAUAAUAGUGAUGAUAGUAAUAAUAGUAUAAUUAUUAGUAGUAUUAUUAUUACCAUCAGUAUCAUUAUUAU